AUGUUUGGAUCUCUUAGAAACAACAUUGCAAAAAGACCUGUGAAUUCGACAAAGAGUUCUCUUAUCUGUCUUAAUAACUCAAUACGAUAUGCUUCAGGUUAUAGACCUGUCCAACAAGUAACAUUACCACAAAGACCUUUGAAAAAAAUUAGAGUUGGUAAAGCAAGACCUGCAAUUUAUUAUAAUUUUGAAACACUGGUUGAAUUAAGUGAUGGCAGUGUUAUAAAAAGAAAAUCACAGUUACCAAAGAAUGAAAUUAGAUUGAUCCAAGAUCAAAGAAACAAUGCUUUAUGGAACCCAUUAGAAUUAACUUUGAAAGAUGCUGAUGCUGAAAGUGCUUUAAAUAAGAAAAAUAAUUUGAAUAAAUUUAAUUUGAAAUAUAAUUCUAUUUUCCAAGAUUUAUCAUUAGCAAAGGAAAAACCUUCGGAAGCUACCACUACAGACAAUGUAAUGGAAAUUAAAGAACCAAUCAAGACUACUGAGUCUGCUCCAUCUGAUGGGCUAGAUGAUUAUUUAUCGUUAUUGAGUGAAGAUUCAGAACAAAUCACUACAGGUACAGUUUUAUCGAAAAAGAGAAGUAGAAAGAAUAAAAAAAAUAAUAAACUUUUAUUAUAA